AUGAAAAGGAUGUACGUGGUUUCGGGGACAACGAUUGGUCUGUUCUUGCCUUUAGCUUACGUAUUAGGUGGUUUUGCAAGAGGAGAUGAUCAUGCGGUGAGAUCAGCGACACCGCACUUGUUUCUACUGUCGUGUCAAAUCCUAACAGAAAAUGUAAUAAGUGGCCUUUCUCUGUUUUCGCCACCGGUAAGAGCUCUCGUCCCACUGCUCUACACAGUCUGGAGAAUCUUUGUCAUCAUUGGUUGGUCUAAAGAUGUCUGGCUCAACAAGUCGUUACCAAUGAAUGCUACACCCAAUGUUGUUGCAUGGUUCUGGUUUGGACGGUAUUUAGCAAUAGCGAACUUGGGCUACUUCGGAGUGAAUCUACUCUGUUUCUUGAUCCCUAGGUUUCUGCCUCGUGCCUUCGACCAUUACUUCAGAGAAAGAGACCAAGUGUUGGCGAAAAGCCAAGAAGACAAGCCGGUUCAAGUUCUUAGAUCAAAACCUUCUGAUCACAAAUCUGAUUGAUCAUCUUUGUUUUAUUCGAGUGUGUAACGUAACACGCACUUUUAGUUGCUUAAUAUCGAGAUUAUGAUGAAUUUUAUUAGUAGGGCGAAAAUGAAACAAUGUGGUUGUGAAUGUACAAAUGCUUUGCUCUUGCAACUGAAAUGUGAAACCAGUUUACCCA